UUCUGACAACGUAUCGACGUGAAUUUUACCGUCGUGUAACUUUAUUUUUGCAUUAAGUUCGACUUUGGGGAAGGGUCAUGCGCUCAUUAAAUUUUUUAAUUGCAUUAUGAUACGCGAGUUUUUUCAGGGGAAUUGAAAAAUUGUUUUCAUGAUUCCUCUUUUACUAGAUAAUAAUUCGGUGAAACGGAAUAAUGAUACAGAACGACAUACUUAUUGUUUAUUCAAGCAUAAACGUAACAGAAAUAAAUAUUUAUACAAUAUAGGUAGAAACGCACACAUUGAAAAUCUAAUUUUUUACUUUCAAUUGCUUGAGCUGCAAAACUACAAUUUUUCUCCCAUCAGAAUAAUUUCUAUUGCAUAUCCUUGAUUAAAGAAUAUAAUGCAGUUGGUCUUUUCGUUAUCCUUCACGUAACAUUUUAUUGGGUUUAUUAUUGUUGGAAAAAGCGACCAACCCUUUCUACCACAAUUCCCGAAAUCUUUUCGGCCGACAAGUCCGGAGAGCAUCGGCACGAUAACCACUGGUUCGUAUUGAUCCUCGCGGGGGUGUUCAGGGAUUGAAAGAACCGAGAGCGGGAGGGAGAGAGAGAGAGAGAGAGAGAUAAUCAGGGAGGAAACCGUCGGGAGAAGAAGGGUGAGUUUAGCAAUGGAACAUCCCCCAGUGACUGACACACACCCCAAAACCGAACCAACCCCGAAUCUAGUUCCACAGCCUAACCUACACACCCGACCCGGAGAAUAUCCGUGCACCAUCGCUUGCAUAAGAAGUCAACUUAAGCGAGUCCCAGGGGCGGCCUGCCGUGGGCAAAACCGACGAGAAAAUUUGCAGCGUGCAAGCUUAAAAUAUGUAUAUCAAAUCUCUCUCUCUCUCUCUCUGUCUCUCUCUCUCUCUCUCGCGAUGGUGGGGGAAGUCUAAAGCGGUAAGAGUGGGAUCAGUGGCUCCUUUGCUCCUGGCAGUUAGACAGGCCUACAUUGAUUAUAUAUCAUCGAUUUGAUCAUCGUUAAGUCGAUACGAUCACGCAUUAAACAAAAUUCGACAAACAAAAUCGCUCUAUUAUGGGUCUAUUGCAAGAAAUUCAACAUUUAUGGACAAAGAUUGAUCCACGAGUGAUCGAUUUGCCUUUAAUCCAGUUCUCUUAUCAUGUGCCACUUAUGAUAUUCGCGUAUCUGUAUCUUGUACUUGAGUGUGGGCCUCGAUUUAUGAAAAACAGGCGGCCAUAUUUACUGAAGACGUUUAUAAAGUUGUAUAAUAUUAUUAAAAUUGUGGCAAACAUUUGGUUAGUUUACGAUCACAUCGACGCCGGUUUGUUUACAAAUUCAAAUUUAACGUGUCCCGCAAGUCUUGAUUAUUCCUACGAUUAUACUCCAAUGAGGAAUUGUAAGGGUGCAUGGUAUUUUUUUCUCUUGAAAAUUUUGGAUUUCGUCGAAACAGGCAUAUUUUUAUUAAGAAAGAGAAAUAAUCAAGUGUCUGGUUUGCAUUUAUACCAUCAUGUAUCUGCCUUGCUUCUGGCAUGGUUAGUUGUAAGAUAUAUCGCUGUUGGUCCUGCAUCAUUGAACUGCGUGAUAAAUAGUUUCAUACAUGUGAUAACGUACAUCUACUACUUCCUAGCAGCUUGCGGGCCGAACGUUAAAAAAUCUAUAGCACCUAUGAAACAGUGGAUAAUUAAAGCACAACUGGUGCAACUCGUCAUAAUGAUACUAUAUAAUUCGCAGAACUUUCUGCCAGGUUGCAAGGUAGUGGAGCAUUAUUGGAUAGACAUAAUAAUCAUUGGAUAUUUAAUGAUGAAUUUCUAUCUAUUUUAUAAUUUUUAUCAAAAGGCGAAACCUAAGAGAAAGAUCUAAUAGAUACUGGGUAUAUAUGCAAAUUCGAUAAAGUGACCCGAGUCGAAAUUUUACUCCUAAUUUCGACCUCCUUUUUGUUCAUAUCUACAGAUUCUGGAGGAUUUUGAUAGGUUCCAUUUAUAUAAAAAUUGUAUUGUAUUGAGCUCCUACUUUAUACCUCAAAUAGGCAGUAAACGAACUUUCCCAUUUUGAGGUUUAAAUGAGGAGUUUUCGGUAAAACCUCAUAAAACCCUCUAGAUUUGAUUAAUUUUUACUUAAUCUUUUAAAUCGUAAUGAAAUAUGUUCCAUAUCAUCAGUGAUUCAUAGUAGAUACUUUAUUUAGGGUCUAAGAUUUUCAAUAUUAAAAAGAUAUUACCGCAAAAUAUUUUAUAACAUCGUUAAUUAAUCACAUACAUAUAAACAUACAUGUAUGUAUCACAAUUAAUAAUAUUAUAAAAUUUAUUUAUAUAAUAAAUAUCUUUUUCUUAUCAACUAUCUCAAACACAACAUAAAUAAAAACUCCACUGUAAAUCGCUGAUAAUAUACGUGACAUAGAACAUUUUAAUAUGAUAAUGUGGUAAAUAGUAUAGGAAAGUCAAAAAUAAUAUAAGAAAUCUCUCGACGCGUACAUGUUUGUUUCAAAGGUACAAAGAAACAUAUGUAUAUUUAUUUGCUUACACUUUUUUUUUGUAUCUACUUGUUUAU